AAGCCAUUUGGACCUCGCGGCCUCGUUCGGUCAGCGCGGAACCCACCGAGUGAGCACCAUGCCGGCUCCCUGGAACUCGAACCAGCGGCCCCGAGGCGAGAUGGCCAGGGACGAGCUCGAAGAUGUACCGGACGCGGAGAUGGGCCAACGAUACCGGAAGUUUCCCAGCGACUCUCUGCAAAGCCACAUCUCCGAGCCCCAGAAAGCACCAAAGAAGCGCCUCGUCUUUCACUACCGAACCCUCAGCCCGGAGACCUCCUAUUUCCUGGAGAUCUGGGACGGCAUUUUCCUGCUGGUGCUGGCCGCUGUGUCUGUGAUCACGCCCUUGGAAGUGGCCUUCGACCUGGCCAGACACGAAGAGUCCUCCAUGGUGAUCUGGGCUAUCGACGCCGCCUUUCUGUUUGACAUGAUCCUCCAGUUUUUCACCGCCUACUUCGAUACUGCACGAAGCCGCUACGUGCGAGACGUCAGGAGCAUCGCCUGGCGAUAUUUGACGGGUUGGUUCGUCAUCGACCUGGCCACGACCUUUCCGUACCAACUCUUCGGGGAGCUGCAGCACUUGCGGGUCCUCCGGCUCCUGCGGCUGCACAGCGCCAUCCAAAUCUGCCGCCGGCGCCAGGCGAACGUAGGUAUCAGUUUUGCCCUCCUCUCCCUCAUCAAGUUCCUGGUGGUGCUCUCCUUCAACUGCCAUUGGAUGGCUUGCCUUUGGGGCCACAUCGCCUGGUGCCACCGCGAAGGCAGCUGGCUGGAAGCACUGGAAGCGUCCAAAGGAGGGGAUCCCAGGCUCUACACGGAGUGGCCGGGGGUCUACACCAUCUCCGUGUACUGGGCCAUCAUGACACUCACGAGCAUCGGAUAUGGCGACAUCACCCCCCAGAACCAGUACGAGUACGUGGUGGCCUCGGUGUGCAUGGCCUUCAUGGCCGCCAUGUGGGCCGUGGUCAUCGGCCAGAUGUGCGGGGUGCUGGCGACGCUGCUGCCGCACGACGUGGCGUUCAAGCGCACCAUGGAUGAUCUCAACUGGCUGCUGAAGGACCGCCAGAUGCCCAUGCCCAUCCGCACCAAGCUCCGGCGCUACUUCUACGAGUCCAGGAGCCUCACCCGCUUGCACGAGCAAAAGCAGAUCAUCGCGCAGAUGUCGCCCAUGCUCCAAGGCGAGGUGUCGACCCAGCUCCUGGGGAACUGGAUCGAGAAGGUUGGGUACCUCAACAACCUGGACUGUGAAGUCUUAGUCCAGGUGGCGCGGAAGCUGAAGGCCCAACUCUUUGCGCCCAAGGAGGCCAUCGACAACGACCGCGCUCUCUUCGUGGUGCGGCGUGGGGUUUGCAUGCGCGGUGGCCGCGUUUUGAUCGCCGGAGAUGUGUGGGGCAAGGACAUGAUCUUGUCGAACCCGCUGCUGCGGGAGGCCACUUCCGUCCGGUGCCUCAGCUACUUGGAGGUGCUGACCCUGCGCUUCGUGGACCUGCAAGACUGCGUAAGUCGAUCUUCGCAGGGCCGCGCGCUGGUGCGGUGGUGGCAGAUCAGAUUGGCGCUGCAGCACGCGAUGCAGCGCAUCUCCCGGGCGGUGCGCCAGAUGGAACGACGCGAGGGCAGCUUUGCGGACAUGCCAGCGGACACGCAGAAAAAGGUGGUGCUGAAUGUGCUCCAUGGCCACAGCCCUCUCGCGGAGCUGCCUUCAGAGGAGACCUGCUCCAAUGCCUCCGCCGGUCUCGCGGGCAAUCAGCUGGAGGAGAUCAAAUCCUCCAUCCUGGCCUUGACGCAGACCGUGGAGUCCCUGCAGCAGACAGUGCUCGACAUGGCCGAGUGAGGUGGCUUUCCGCCUGAAUCGCUGCUUUUAAGCGUUUUGGGUUUCCCUGUUCGGUCCCCCCAAGCUGGUAAAGGCUCCAAUAGUGAUCGCCUCUUGCUUUCAGGCCCC